UUACACUUUUGGUUAAAAAAUUUUGUGUUUCCUGUAAAACUUGAAAAAAUUACUUAGGCGAUUAUUUUAACAGGGAGACGAUAUGUAACCAUGUCUAUGUAUGUAACUGUAAUCGAACCUGAAUAAUGUGCACGAGCACACAAGCACGAGCAGUAAAGUGUAAGCUAAUGUUAGUUUAAAGGGCCUGCAGCCAGCAGCUAACUGUCUUUAUUUAUCAACAACGGUAGCUAGCUCAUUGAAACUGAAGCAGUAAUAGCAUAUUUUGUUUUUCCGUAUAACUAGCCGUCUUUUGCUCUUUCUUGGACUAUCGUUACUAACAUGACGAAGUCAACCUGUGUUAAUCUUGACAGGUUUAUGGACGAGUUUACACAACUAGAACAGAAAAUUACAGAAGUAAGUGGCAAAAACAAUGUGUUGGAGAUCAUGUUGGAAGAUGCCAAUAGACUCAUAAAAUAUCAUCUGACCAAGGAGAAAACUCUGAUUGAGGAGAGAGACAGUCUUCUUGUCAGUGUGAACAGACUGCAGCAGACUCUGCAGGAGCAGUGUAACCUCAGAGUGGAGAAUGAGAGACUGAAGAACGAUAUGGCUGACCUGAAACGACAGAAUGAGAAGACAGCAGAGGACGGAGAGGCUGAGCUCCAGCAGCUGAUCAGUGAAAUGAGAGCAGAGGCAGACAGACACCAGAGGGAGCUAGAGACUGUCAGGCAGCAGGGCAGGAGAGAGGUGGAGGACGCCCACAAAGAGGCUUUCAAUCAGUUGGAAGCUAAAGAUGCUGAAGUACAGAAUCUGCUGGAGCAGAAGGAUGUGGAUCUGGAGGAGCUGAGGAAGAGGCUGAAGGAGCAGGAGAGGGAGAGGCAAAGCGAGCUCCUAAAGUUACAGAUGGAGUUUGGUGCAAAGUUAGCCAGAGUUCAGAGUACAGCUCAGUGCAACCAACAGCAGCAACAACAACAGCACAGCUCCCACCUUCUUCCACAGAGCGUCUUCAAGAGGAAGCUGCAGUUCUUCCAGGAGGAGAAAAACAAGGAGAUUGUGGCUCUGCGUCAGAGAAUCAAAGAGCUGGAAGAGAACCAACGUGUAGGCGUCUUCAAUGAUAACCGCCUGAAGAAGAGAAAGAUGUAGUUUGUCUAAAGACUAGAAGCUGCAGGACUGUCAGCUCUGCAGGUGCAUCAAUCGUCUGACUUCCCAAAGGCCAGAAGUUAUGUGUUAAAUUAAGUGUUUUCAUAUUUCCAGAUUUGAAUUUCAGUUUAAUUUCAGAGUAAAAUUCACUUCCCCAGAGUUGCUGACCAGUUGUACACAUCACUUUUCAUUUAACUUGGCUGCUUCUUGUGCACUGUCAUGCUUGACUAGAUUAGCAGCUUCACCACAUUGUUUGCAGGUGACCAGUGUGCAGAAAAGCACAUGGAAACACAGGCCAUGUUCGUUUCUAAGGCUUUAAUCCAAUCAGACGCCCGCAUGGUAGGGCAGGAGGAGGAGGAGCUAAAAACAGGAGAAUCGCACCUCAGAGUGAAACAGAUAGCUGGAAGGACAAUCCCAUUCAGAGAAGCCAACCUGUUAAUCUCCUUUCAUUCAGAGAUCAAAUAACUCAUUUAACUCUCUCAUUUCUCCUGAAGUCAAACUUGUGUUCUGCUAAUCCGGACAUUUUAAAUAGUAGUGCUCUAGAAUUUAACUUCCUGUAAUUACUGUUGAUGUUUAGGAAAGUAAAAGCUGCAAAUGCCUGAUGUUCUCAGUAGCCUAACACUUUUACCUCUGCUGGAAUAAAUAAGUAAGAAGAAUUUAAGAUUUUUUUUAUUUUUGGUGAGAACAUUCAUGGUAAUGCCCCAAUACCCUGAGUGGUACUCCUGCACAUCUGAUUUGGGUCCAGAAGAAAAUCCACAUCUGCGAUUGAUUAUACAACAUUUAAGAUAUGUUGGAAUUUCCACAUUCCAAAUGUAUGCUGAAUUUUGGAGGACUGGAGAGAUAUUUGAGAGUUAAAAACAUCUAAACUAAGAUAUAUAUUGGUGGAUAUUUGUUUUACAACAUGUUUUUAACUAAUAACAUUUUGAAACGCAUUGUAAGUAAUUUCUUAAGCAUAUAUGCCAAUUAAGUUGCAUUGCACCCAAGAAGUUCUCUAAAAUUUUCAGCCUGGGAUUACUUUUCUGCUUUAUAAAAUGUACCUGGAACAAUAAGUUCCUCAAAAGGUUCCUAAAGUCCCUGGGGAAAGGUCUUAUGGUUGAAAAGGGGGCUGCUUCCCAAAUGUGAGGAUUUGCAUCUCUUUUUAGACUGUUG